UACGUUUCGGAGUCGUUCGCACGAAAGAGUUCCACGGCGUGCAGCAAGCUCAGUAACUAACCAGAGAUGUCUGUUGCCCACAAGAUUGGAGAGAGCCCAAGAACAGACGACGUCGUUAUAACAGAAUCUGUGGAUUUUGCAGGCUUGCUUUUGUCCAAAAAUGUACUCAGUGGUCUGCAAAAUUCAGGAUUUGAACGACCAUCUCCUAUACAGCUGAAGGCUAUCCCAUUGGGAAGGUGUGGACUAGAUUUGAUUGUUCAAGCAAAAUCAGGAACAGGAAAGACAUGUGUCUUUGCAGUAAUUGCUUUGGAAAGUUUACAAGUCCAGGCACAGUCAACACAGGUGCUGGUACUGGCACCAACUCGAGAAAUUGCCAUCCAGAUCUGGGAAGUCAUUAGAAGUCUGGGGAGUGCAAUACCUGGCAUGCAAUGCCAUACCUUUAUUGGAGGAAUGCCUCUUCAUGAGGACAAGAAAAAGCUGCAGUUGUGUCACAUUGCUGUUGGAACACCAGGUCGCAUCCAGAAUCUAAUAGAAACAGGGAACUUGAAGACAGAGAGCAUUCGACUGUUUGUUUUGGACGAAGCAGACAAGCUCCUGGAGGAUAGUUUUCAAGAGCAAAUCAACUGGAUCUAUUCUGCAUUGCCUGACAGCAAGCAGAUCUUGGCAUUAUCUGCCACAUACCCAGAGAGCUUGGCACAGCAUAUGACAAUGUACAUGAGAAACCCGACCUUCAUUCGUCUCAAUGUUACCGAUCCAACUUUGCUGGGAAUUAAACAAUAUUUUACCAGUGUACCUAACCAUCCACUUCCCAACAAAGUUUUUGAGGCCAAGACCGCAAGUGUGAUUCAUUUGUUAUCUAGUGUGAGCUUCCACCAAUGUCUCAUUUUUUCCAACAUGCAGACAAGAGCCCAGAACCUGGAGAGUGAACUGACUAGUUGCGGCUGGCCGACUACUUGCAUUGCUGGCAGUCUAGAGCAGAAGGAUCGUAUCAUGGCCAUGGCUAAACUGAAGUCCUAUCAAUGCCGCAUUCUCAUCUCUACAGAUUUGUCCUCAAGAGGCAUCGAUGCUGAUAAAGUUAAUUUGGUGAUCAACAUGGAUAUUCCCAAAGACCAUGAAACAUACUUGCACAGAAUUGGACGUGCAGGGCGCUUUGGGAGCUAUGGGGCAGCUGUUACCAUUAUCAGUGACGGUCAGGAACUGCUUGAUCUUCAAGCCUUGGAACAGAAAAUUUCAACCCAUAUUCCACCACUUCCAGAACCAAUACCAUGUGAUUUAGUGAAACACCAGCUGCAGGUGAAGCUGGAUGAUGUUGUCAGCACAGAGCAGUUCAUCACCCAGCCACAAAGUAAGGGUUAUGGAAUACUGGGGUUAUGCAUGUCAAUGGAAAGCCAGUCCAACAUGCAGAACCAGUCAGGAAGGCACUCCUACAAUGAGCAUACCAAUAAACUGCUCCCUGAAGCACCACUGGGGACCAUGGAGGAGGAAGAGAAGGUUGAGACUGUGAAGUAUGAAGCAGGAGAGAACAGUCAUGCAUCCUCUGUGGAAAGCACCACCUCUGAGCUCAGCUACAUACAAAAUGGUUUCCCAGAAAAGAUUGUAUCUGUUGUGCCGUCAAAAGAUGGACAUUUUGAGGUUGGUGUGAAUGGUCUGAUCGCAUCAACAGAAUCAACUGACUUCAAGAACCACAGCUCUGAUGAGACUCAUGUUGAUGAAGACGACAAAAUUGUAUUGUUGGAACCCAGUAUUGAGAACACAGACUUAGAUUUGUCUAUUGUAAAGGAACUUGUAGGUGCUGAAGAAAACUAUCCAAAGGUUUCAAGUGAAAGUAAAGAUGCUGCAAACCAGACAAAUACGACUGUUAAAGAGGACAGAGAUACAGUUGUGAUGAGCGACCCUUCUGGGGAGAGCUUAGCUGCUUCUUGCAGCUUACAGAUCAACAAUCUGGAUGAUGUGGUUGACUCAGAAGUGACAAGUGCCAAUUGUCUAUCCCUUUGUGAUGCUCAUGGGGGGCAGGUCAGAACUAUGACAGAUGAACUGAACAUCAACAUGGUUACAUUAAACAUCACCAAACAAAGUAUUUUGCCAGCUGAUUCAAGUGCCAGUGAUAAGAAUCAAGUGUCAUCAUGUAUAGAUCUUGCUCAGAAUGACAUUCAUUUGAACAGUCUGAGUUUUGCUGUUGAGACAGUAGCAAAAGACUCGUCCUCGUGUAGCAAGUUGUCUCUUGACAAAGCACAGGACGGUCAGAAGUUAGAUGAGAGUUGUCUUUCUAAAUCAAAGGGCAAGGAGACACUGGAAGAUGUGUGUUUAAACGAGACAAAGAGAAGGCAGGCAUUAGAAGAAAAGUUCUUCAGUAAGACUGAGAUGAGGAAGACAUCAGCUGAGAUUCAACUUGAUAAGGGAAAGCUAGAUCAGAGAGAGAACACAUCUGCAGAGGUUAGUAUGUGGCAUUCAUCAGAAGAUGUGGAUUCUGCAGGCGUAGGUACUGAUGGUCACAAGGCAAGGUGCAACAAUGCACCGCAAGGACAUCAAGAACAUCCAAGUGCUUCACCAGCAGAAGUGACAGGACAUCCACAAACUCAAGACUUGAACAGAGAAACUUUGGAAGGCUGUACAUUAGGCAAUGGAACAAAUGCAUCAUUGAGCAAGGUCAAAAAUAAAACAUCAAGAAUAAAUGCUGCAGCCACUUUGUGGGGGGACAUGCUGGGGAAAGAUUUCCAGGAACAAGAGAAAAGAGGAAGCAGUAACACACUCAAAGCAUUGAACGGACAAAGUAAGAAAAGUACAUUAGAUAAAGAGAACCAACCCUUGAUGACUCAUUCGAAUAACAUUGGCAAGCAAAAGACCAAAAUAUCUUCAGGAGCUUGUGCUGUUGCCAAACUUUGGGGCGACAUGCUGGGCUCAGAUUAUGGCGAUGUUAAUGAUAGUGUGGCAGAUGAGACGGUAUCAAAGUCCAGUAAACAACAUAGGGAGAGGAAACCCCAAGCAAAUAGUGCUGAUAGGGUGUCAAGAGAUUCUGAAAACAUGGAGCAGAACCUGGUUCAGGACACCCAAGACCAGAAAGGGGAGUCAAGAAGAGUUAAAGAUGGAGAAAGGAAGCAGAUCAAAAUGGAACAGUUGUCUUGGGAAAGUGAACUCGCUUUGUAUGUGGCAGCACGUGCGAAGAUGAAUGCCAGUAAGUCCAAUGACAAAGGAGAAACCAAGGAAACAGCAGAUGUUUUCAUAAGGCCACAGAAACAAGCCAGGAGACGACUUGCAGGGGUGAAGAAGAGUUCUGCAUCAGAAAAUAAUGAGAAAGCAAAUAGUGCAGAGAGCACAAGAAUAUAUUGUGAAGCAGCACAAAAUAAAGAGGAAUUGGAAGAAAAGAUCCAAAUGACAGAAACGAUAUCAGCAAAAAUAUCUCCCACCAGGAUUGCUAAGAAUUGUCUUGAUAAAGAUUCAGUCAGACUGGAUCAUUUGCCAGACACAACUGAAAAUGAAUCUGCUGCUGAAACCAUUGCAAAAAAUAUCCUGAACAGUCAAGCAAAGGAGAAAACCCAAACAGCACCUGAAGAAAAACAGCAGACCAUAAAUAACACUAUGACAGGAUUGGAUGGCCAGCAGAGUUCUGUGGUAUCCGAAGAAUCAGAUGCAGCCACUUUGGGUAGAUUGCAGGGUGUUGGCUUUAAUGAUGAUGAUUUUAGUGCAGAUAAUUCUACCAGUCCUCACAAGCUUAUGUCCAUGAAGAGUGUUUCACAAAAGAACAAUCUGCAGGAUUUUGAAAACAGAUCUUCCCAUCAUUUGGAGACCCCUGGGAUAAGAAGUAUCUUGGCCAGGCUGUCAGCAUCACACUCUACAAACUUGACUCAUAACGUGCACACCUACAGUGCAGCUCUGCAGGACUAUUCCCUCUUUCUGGAGCAGGCUUCUUCAAUUGACCCACCUUCUGUUCUCAACAUUGUGAAUGAUACCUUCCAGUCUUCUAGUGCUGUACCGUCAGCUGAUGAUUUGAAAAAGAUUUCUGAGUUUCUUCACAAUUUUCAUGGAGACAUACAGCACAGAGUGUUGUCAGAAAAUGUGGUUGCAGCAGGAUCUGACCUUCAGAUUUCAUCAGUUAAAGAAAAGGGAUUUGAUAAGGCAACACAGACUGACUGUAGUUUCUCACAUGUAAGCGGUGUUGAACUAGGACAUAGUGGAAUGUUGACACCAAAAUGUGAAUCUUGCUCAGCUGUUGUCAAGCCGAUCUUGGUCAGUCCAGUGGAACCUAUUCCUUCAGAAUGCUGUGAUGAUAAAGGCAAGGUGAAGAAUGAUGUUCAAAUCAGCCAAGGUGAAAUCCAAACAAAGAUCACUUUUCAAAGGGAGAGAGAGUUGCCAGUCUUGCCUUCAUUCAGUCCACCUAAAGGAACAAACAAACCAAAGCACGUGGAUAGAAAAAACAAAAUUGCCACAUUUCCUGCAGAAGCAAGUACUAAACAUGAAGAAUUGCCUCAGACUAUUGCUAUGAACAAAAUGAAUGCUGUAAAGGGACAAGGCAGCAAACUUCUGUUAAUGAAACACAGAGGUGAUCAGAAAGAAAGUGCACCAAACAAACAAGAACAGCCAGUUCAGGAAGGAGCUUGCGGUACUUCAAAAAUAGGAAAGAAUUUCUUGCAUAACAUGCAUACUUCUCUGCAGCUUCCAGCAAAGCAGACGACAGGUUUUCUGGAGACAGAAGCAGAGGAAUCUUUUGUCUCAAGCUUGGAUUCCUCUUCACCCAUCUCUUCUGACAAUGAAGAAACAGAAGCAACAGCUGCAGAAAAGCCAAAAGAGAGAAACACAGGUUUUUACAAAAACCGAUAUACAGAUGAACCCGCAGUGCCUAGGGUACCACCAUCUCAGAUGAGAGGCUCAGAAAACGAUGAGCUGGCUCGGAAACGCCAUGGGGCAGGCCGCAAAAGUAAAAAUUUGGUUACUGGGUGCCGACACAAUGAUACCAAAAGAUCUCAUCAGACUUGUGGUUUCUUUACAAAUGAAGUAAACCAAUACCUUGAUGCCCUGAACUUUUGGCAUGCCUGGUAUUACCAAAAACCAGGAGGAUACUCUAACAUUCCGGCACAAGUAGGUGACUGGAGGAGCCCCUAUGCAUCAGGUGCAUCCUUUCCACACUUACAUUUUCCACACAAUGACAGCAGAGCAGAUUGGUUUCAUUCCAGGUCUGUUCCUUGCUCUCCAGCUGCCUAUAGUCCAGAGGGUAAGAAUUGUAGACAUUCUCAUAAACCUCAGGAUCCUGCCACAUUAUAUGUGCAGUCUAUGUGGUCCAGAGCCAAGACCCAGCAGGAAUACAUAAGACAGAUGGUUGGCUUUUACAAGGAAAUGUCUAAAUCACAACCUUCUUUCUUUAAAAAUUCAAACUAGGCUGAAGACGGUUUGCUGCUCCGGAAUGGUUUUGCUCUGCACUUUCAGUGUUAAUGUUUGCUAUUCUUGAGCAGUGCCUUUUCUUGUCUGUGUUGUGAAGGGGAAGAGGAUGCACUUGUGCACACAGGUACAUGAUGAUGGCUCAAAUUUAUGUUCUAGUUUUUGAUGCAAGGUGAAGUGGAGACUUAUGGCACCAUUGUCUGUAACAUUUAAUUGAACUCAUUCUGUUAGGUUGCAUAAUAAACAAGAAUGAUUACAA